AUGAAAGUGUUUUUUGCUGUUCUGGCUCUCGUGAGCACCGCUUUGGCUGCUCCAGCUGACGUGAGCACGCCCAAGUUGGCCUUCGUGAAUGAAAGGAUCACCAAUGGGCAGGAUGCCGCUUUCGGCGAAUUCCCUUACAUCUGCUCCAUGCACUGGGUGCUGAUCGCCUCUGAGAUCCACGUGUGCGGCGCCUCCAUCAUCAAUCCCAACUGGAUCCUCACGGCCGCUCACUGUUUCACGGAGAUCGCCAACAUUGGUGUCUUGGACGCCGUGUGUGGCAUCACGGAUCUCACGAUCAACGACACGCAGCAGCGCAACACAAUCACCGAGCACAUCAUCCAUCCCGACUAUCCAGGUGGCGUGGCGCCCAAUGACAUUGCCGUAGGCCGCCUGGCCGGCAUCCUCACGUUCAAUGCCAAUAUUCAGCCUAUCAACCUGCCCACCCAGGGACAGGAGCCCAUCCUCGACAUCGCCGUGCUCGCCGGCUGGGGUUCCACGUCCACCACCAACGUGCCCAACAUGCCCAACCGCCUGCAACGCGCCAUCAAGACCGUGCGCACCUUCCAGCAGUGCUGCGAUCUGCUCAACUCCGUCAUCGACGGUGCCUGCAACAUCCUCGAUACCACCAACGUGUGCGCCGGCGACGGCCCCAUCAGCGCCUGCAGCGGCGACUCCGGCGGUCCGCUGUCGCAGCUGGUCGGCGGCACCUGGACACAGAUCGGCGUGGUGAGUUGGGGAAUCACGCCCUGCGGCACCACUGUCGCGCCCUCCGUCUUCGUCAUGGUAUCCUCCUUCAGGAACUGGAUCGACGCCAACAUCCAAUAA